UGAAAGUUUCAUAGAUACGAUUUUCACUUAUAAAUUCUUUUUCUCUCUCCUUUACCUCACCACUGGAUGUUAUUGAAAUUCUGAAGCAUUUCUUCAUUUUCACUGUAAAUGCUAGUAUAGACAACCAUGUGUCUUGAAAUCUCAAAUUCUGAAUACAGUAUCGUCUCACGAUAUCUGGAGUCGUGAAGAGGCACGAGGUGCUAUCCUACUCUGCAGUCUUAUCUUUGCGUCAGGCCAUAAUGCAGGAAGCCUUAGCCGAGAAGUCUCAUUUAGUCGUUUUACUUAACCUACAUGAUGCUGCUGAUAUCUGUUCCCUUGUUGAUGCUAUUGCUGGAUUAAACUCCUUUGAGGUUGAUGCAACCCUUGUUCUUUAUAAAUCUCCCCAUGCAUCGAACCAAGAACUCAUUUCCUCUUCGACGCUUGCAUUCAAUUCAAAACUCCUAGUUGUUGACCUUUGCGAUUUGUCAUCUAGGAAGGAUAUAGUUUGGAAUCUCAUCCGGGGUGAUUUAAAUUGCCAAUUACUAAACGUUAGGAGUUUAUGGAUCAAAAAACUGGAUAUGGUAGGAAAAUUCACGCAGUUGCGCACUCUUAUUUUGAACUCCUGUUCUUCUCUCGUUAACCUUGAGGAAGAAUGUUUUGCUUCCAUGCCAAAACUCAGGUGCCUCUCACUGUGUGGUACAAGAGUUAUUAAUCUCGGGACAAAUACAACUAGUGCUGUUUUCUCCAGACUUUCCCCAUUGGUAGAACUCCAGUUUCAUAAUUGUACGCCCAAGAAAGACACAUGGUCGUGUCCUGCACUAAUCAAUGAGAGAAGAUGUAUUACCUCCGGUAAAAUCAGUGAGCCAACUAGUGGCCGUCAUUUCACCAAACAAACUACUGGUGCGGAUGAAUCUCCCCAACUUCUGCCUUCUGGUGGUUCAUUUACUAUUAAAGAGGCUCGAAGCAUGUUUCAGGGGGCUUCAGUUAGCAAAUUAGACAAGGCACUCUUUUCAGUUCCUUGUCAUGAUUCGAAUAGACAGGAAAAUCUGAAAAUCGAGGUCUCUCCAGGGCAUUUGGAUGUUCAAGAGAAAGAUGAGUCUCCAACAAGUGUACUCCAAUGGGAUUCAACAGAUUACAAAUUACAGACGUCUAAGCAUCCAUUGAUGGUCGACUUUGAGAAACAAAACAGUGAGAGUAUGAUUGAACCAAUACCUUGUUUAGAAAAUAUGGAUAAUUUUCCCAUAAAAGAAGCAGACAGAAAAGUGGAGAAGACUUUCUUCUCAAAACACUAUGAGUACUUACCAUAUAAGCGCCAGCACAAGGAGAGCAUUAUCAGCAUCUUGCAUAUGCGUGAAGCGGGAACAAGUGGGAUGUAUCCUCACAAUCAUUUAAGAACAAAAUUGACAUCGUCUUGUAGAAAGAGUCAGUGUUUCUAUACGAAGUCGCUGUGCACUAGUAAAUUUGAUUCAUCCAUGCAGCCACUUCUACAUCCCAUCACUAACGUCAGCCAGAAAAACAGAGAAGAAGGAAAGAGGUUGCGUCCAAGGCAAUUUGAGUAUCAUCCGUCCAUCUCUAGUCUUAUGGCGGUUGGAACUCUUGAUGGAGAAGUGGUUCUCCUCAAUCCUGAGACUCGAAAUAUUAUCGAUCAUAUUUCGUCCAAGUGGAACUCUAAUAGUAUUUUGGGGCUCUGUUGGCUCAAAAAUGACCCUUCCAAGCUCCUUGUGGGCUCUGACAAUGGUUCCUUGAGAUUGUACGACAUCAAUCAUCUACCACAAGAAGUCGAAGAUGGCUAUUGCAAUCCCAGUACAGUUAUAUUUGAAGAUUUUGAGCAUUUGACUUCGGUUCAUGUUAAUUCAGCGGAUGAUCAAUUUCUAACAAGUGGAUAUUCGAAGAAAGUUGCCAUAUAUGAUAUUUGCAGUGGAAAACGUUUACAACUGUUCACGGAUAUGCAUCGUGAACCAAUAAAUGUUGCUAAAUUUGCAAAUCAUUCCCCUAAUCUGAUGGUUACUUCAUCAUUUGACCGAGAUGUGAAGAUGUGGGAUUUAAGACAGAAACCCAUAAAACCUUGCUAUACAGCAUCGAGCUCAAGAGGAAACGUAAUGGUCUGCUUCUCUCAUGAUGAUCUUUAUCUACUUGUUUCUUCUGUAGAUAAUGAGGUCAGACAACUUUUUGCUGUGGAUGGGACGCUUCACACAAAAUUUGAUAUAGUUUCGACAGGCAGCUAUAAUAACUACACUCGUUCUUAUUACAUGAAUGGGAGAGACUACAUCAUUAGUGGAAGUUGUGAAGAACCAGUUGUCCGUGUUUGUUGUGCCCAAACUGGAAGGCUACUUAGAAAUAUUUAUUUGGAGGAUGAUGGCUUGGCGAGCUCAAUUUUUGUGCAAUCCUUGAGGAGUGAUCCCUUUAGACAUUUUCACUUGGCCGUCCUAGCUGCAUAUGUUCGACCGAGCCGGCACUGGGAGAUUAUUAAUGUCAACUUACUGUCAUCAAGUCGCCUUGCUGAAGAAUACCCCUGAGGAGGAUCUAUAUUUCCCAUAAUCUGUACGCAUGUUCUGAAAGGCAUGACGGAAGUCUUUGAUCCGCACGCCGUUCGCACAUGCUUCCUUAAGUGCCACGGUAUUCCUAAAAGGGAUCUAUGGAAUGGGAACAAGUGGGAGUGUCGAGAUGCAUGUAAAAUUUUACUAAAUUUUGAUGUUGAAAAGAAUAAUCGUAAAAGUUGUUUCUCAUUUCCAACGUGAAUAGCAUUUCUCAUCCGUUUCUUUUGCUAUCUGCCCAAUUUGCUGAGGAAAGAAUAAUCUUUAAAGACAA